AUGAUCAAAAAGAAGGCCGGUGGACCUAAGAAAACCGUUGCUAAGAAAGCCCAAGUAAAACCAGUGGCAAAAGAGAGAGGAAAGUCUAGCAAACGACAGAAAAGUGCCAAGUCAGUAGAAGAUGAUCAACAAGAAGAGCAAGUCGUCGCUCAAAAAAAGUUAAAAUUAUUUGAGGAAGAAGUAAGUACAUCUAUUUGUUUCUUAUUUAAAUUUAGCAAGACUCCGAUGACCUACAAGAUAACUUCAGUGGAGAGAGCGAUGAAGGAUUGGACCAUGAUGAUGAUGAUGGAAACGACUCGGAGAAUUCAGACGUUUCUGACGACGACGAUGGAGAAAUGGAGAUUGAAAAGAAGUCCAAGAAGCUGAGAGCCAAGCAAAGGAAAGACGCGUACGUACUUUGACUUUUCUUGUAUUUCAAAUUGAAGUGUUUGCUGAUUUUUAAUUUUUUAGGCAACUGGCUGAGGAAGAAUUGCAACUGAAUGUGGCGAACACUGCUACCUAUGAGUUACCAACGGUUGAGGAAGCCGAACAAGAACUGAAAUCGACUAUGGAUCUUCAGAUGGUCAAGGAGAGAAUUCAAGAAAUUGUUGAGGUUCUAGGCGAUUUCAAUAAUAGAAGACAAGAAGGCAGGAGUCGCGCUGAUUAUCUCAAGGUUCUGAAGAUGGCACUGUUGUCUUAUUAUAGUGAUUACAACGAAUUUCUCAUGGAGAAGUUUAUGGAAUUGUUCCCGAACCCGACUGAAGUAGGCUAGCGCGCUUUAGCGGAUCUAUUUUUGUUUAGUUGAUGGAAUUCAUCGAUGCCAGCGAUCAACCAAGACCUGUAACCAUCAGAGCGAAUCCAUUGAAGACUAGACGAGGGGAUCUGGCCAGAUCUCUUAUCUCUCGAGGGAUGAAUGUCGAUCCUGCUGCGAAAUGGACAAAGGUCGGAUUGGUGGUGUAUGAUUCGCAGGUUCCAGUGGGUGCCACCCCUGAGUACCUAUCCGGUCACUACACCAUCCAAGGUCUUUGUUCUUUCCUUCCGGUCAUGGCAUUGGCCCCACAGCCCGAGGAAAGGGUACUUGAUAUGUGCGCUGCUCCAGGUGGUAAAACAAGUCACAUUGCGUCACUUAUGAAAAACACCGGCAUCUUAUUUGCAAAUGAUUUCAAUGUAAGUUCGUCUGGUUCGGGUUAACCAAUGGGGUUUGCUGAUACAUAACAACUUAUUUGAUUCCAGCCUAAUCGUUUGAAAGCCGUUGUGGGUAACCUUCAUCGUAUGGGGGUGAAUAAUAGUAUUGUGUCCAAUCUGGACGGAGCUGAAUAUGCAAAGAUUCAACCGCAAUCAUUUGAUCGAGUACUUUUGGACGCUCCAUGCAGUGGCACUGGAGUUAUAUGGAAGGAUCAUUCCGUGAAGUCCAGCAAAGACGAAGAAGACAUCAAAGCUCGGUAUGUCACCCAAAGACGCUUGCUGCUGGCUGCGAUUGAUAGCGUUGAUGCCAAGUCAAAGACUGGAGGAUAUGUUGUUUACUCAACUUGCUCGGUUCUUGUUGAAGAGAAUGAAGCCGUGGUUCAGUAUGCAUUGGAGAAAAGGAAUGUAAAAUUGGUACCUAUGGGGCUGGAUGUAGGAGUUCAAGGAUUCACAAAGUAAGAGCGACAUUAUUUUGCUUCUGCUUCCAUUGGAUGUGUUUCAUUUAAGUUGUGGUUUUAGAUAUCGUCAGUAUCGUUUCCAUCCUUCUAUGUCCGAAACAAGGAGAUAUUACCCACAUGUUCACAACAUUGAUGGAUUCUUCGUAUCAAAACUGAAGAAGCUGUCAAAUGAUGUCAAAAAACCAAAAGAGAAACAGAAUGGAGAAACAGAAAAAAAAGAAGAAACCAAGAAACCACAAAAGAAGUGGAAAGGAAACAACAAACAAAAGUAA